GACAAUUAAAAAUUACAUCUCUAAAAAAUGGAAAAUCUGCUAAUGAUAAUUUAAUUUGGCUACAUCUUAAAAUGAGCCAAAAUACAUUUGUUUUCGUGGAAUAUUUUGUAUGCGGAAAAUUGGUUGAAAAUAACACAGAUGAUUUUGGUUUAUUCCUUGAUGCAGCAAAUGGGAAUGAUAUUAUUGCUAUCUAUUUUGUUGGAAGAUGCUAUGUAUUUGCAGAAUGGAAGCUUGGAGAAUAUUCUAAAGCAUUUAAAUUGUUCAGAAGCGCAGCCGACAAAGAAAAAGCCACGGAAAAUAUGAGCGAAGGGUUUAAAUAUCUUAAGCAAGCUGCUGAAAUGGGAGAGCAUAAUUUAACGUAUGAGCUUGCCCGAUGUUAUGCAGAUGAACACCAAGAGACUUGUACAAAGCUUCAGAAUGAUAUCAAAAAGCUACUGAAAGUGGACUGGAUUUCCGUAGCUAUCGUGGACAAGUCACUGCUAGAAUCAAGAGAGGGUUAUCUGAGUCAAAAUGCUGAGUGUUAA